AUGCCUGAGACUUCUGGUACUAGGCGCCGUCAUAAUAAAACCACUGAAGUACUGCACCCGAACAGCUCUUCCAGUGUCUUUCAGAAUGAAGACAUUAUAGAACUGAUCCUUUCGUUCUUCGACCCAGAGGCGUUUUGGGGAGAUGGGAUAUGGGAUAUUGAUAUUUCCACACGCAAGGCAUUGUUUUUCGCGUGUUUGACAGCCCGAUCCUUCGUUGCCCCUGCUUCGGGGCUUUUAUGGAGGAUGAUGACAUCUCUCAUUCCCAUUUUCAGUAUACUCCCAACCUUUGAGAAAGCACCGUUCGGCGAUGUGUAUGAUAGCUACUCGAGCCAUUUCAUCAUGCGAAUGAUGGCUGAGAAAGAUUUAACUCUUUUCCCGGCGCUUAAGACUUUGUAUAUUCCCAACUUGCCACCAUCCUUUCACAGGGGGACUGACAACCUCUUGGCGCCUCUUUUUCUCAUACACGGUCUUUCCCUUACGAACCUAAUACUUGGAGGUAUCAAUACCACCACAGAGGUCUUUACGGAAUCCCUUUUGUCCACCUUGGCCCCCAAAGCGACCGCUGUCCAGGAACUUAUUCUAUCUGGCAGACUCUCAUUUGAAAUUCUGCGCUGCAUACCAAAAUUCUCAAGACUUCAGGUUCUCAAUGCCACCUUUAUCCCAGCAUCAGACGUCCCUUCUUCGUUUUUUCGCGACUGCACCAAUUUACCAGACCUCACUCAUUUGCUCAUAAACCUCAGUCACUCGGCAAUAGUUGAUGUCGCCAAUGUAUCCGUUGGGGACAGCACUUUAUAUUUUCCAAGUCUACAGGAUUUACAAUUAACUGGCGACCCAGUGGAAACAUCCAAAAUCCUUCGUAUGCUCAAUCCAACCCGUUCACUUACAACCGUCAAACUUGCGCAAUGUACGAACAUACUACAGCACACGCCUGCCAGCAUGGGAUUGGCUACACAGGGAAUGUUUAGCGAUACGGCCUUAGCACUUCAGGCUUCCAUAGAACGUAUAGCCACAAUAGCACCGGCGCUUCAGGUUUUCGACGUUAACAUGGGGACCGGAAGAUCCAUUCUCCUUGGAGAGAAUACAUUGCGUCCUCUCAUUCGAUGCAAUAACCUCGUCUUCUUCGGAAUGACAGGUGUAUCUCUACCAAUCACCGACCGACAUAUCGAAGAAUUCUGUCUAGGCAAUAAUUGGCGCAACUUGCGUACGCUUUCUUUGCCUUCAUCCAUAGAGGGCAACAGCCCCUCCUUUUGCAGCCUCCUGACGCUCGCAGAAAGUUGCCCUGCAUUAAAAAACCUGACUCUUCCAUUGGACACAAUAACACAUCCUCCUGAGGUGCUAAACUCACUCAGGCAGCGAAUCGUCCAUCGCUCGAGCAAGAUCGAGCGACUUUCAAUCCACAAAGUCACGACUAAUCGAUUCAACUCCGAGACGGAUACGCUAGAAAUGACCAUAGCGGUAGCCAGAUUCAUCGAACAUUGCUUCCCACAUCUCAAGCCAGGAUGGUUAGUCCACAAUUUGUCAACACGGGCGGACACAGAAUGGUGGCACGAUGUAGACACCCUCAUUGCAGCAUUCGCACAGGUUCGGCAUGAAGCUCUCGAUGACAUACGCAAAGCGACAAUUCCGUCAAUGUCAACAGAGUCAUGA